GUAAUUUACCAGAAAUCGAAUCUGAAGGGCAUCAACACUUCUGUUGGUCUUCUACCGCUUGUCCAUUUCGGGGUCGGAGGGAGUCGAUAAGCAAUAAGUAAACAGCCUCGACAUUUUCCUCAGAGGCAAAACUUUUUUUUUUUUUUUCUAAUUUUGUUGUUCUCAGAUUCAACACAAUGAAUUUGAUUUCCUGGUUUACUUUGGUCGCGCAAAUUCACAGCGUUGCGCCUGUGAUUCACACACUGAAUUAUUUCCACACUGCAUCCUCUCAAAUUCCAAACUUUCCAAAGUUUGUGAGUGUUGGUUAUGUUGAUGGAGUUCAGAUUUCUCACUAUGACAGCAACAGCAGGAAAACUGAAGCCAAACAGGACUGGAUGAGCAAAAUCACAGCAGAGGAUCCAAAAUACUGGGAGAGAGAAACAGAGAUCAAUUUUGGUGACGAAUAUGUCUACAAAAACGACAUUGAAAUUCUUAAGAAGCGUUUCAACCAAACUGAAGGUGUUCACAUUGUCCAGAAGAUGACUGGAUGUGAAUGGAAUGAUGAGACUGAUGAAGUCAAAGGUUGGUAUCAGUUAAGUUAUGAUGGAGAAGAUUUCAUAUCGUUGGACAUGAAGACAUGGACAUGGGCCGCAUCAACACAACAAGCUUUCCCCUCCAAACGCAAGUGGGACCAGGACAAACUUCUACUAGACUACAUGAAGUAUUACUACACUGAGCAAUGUCCUUCUUACUUGAAGAAGUAUGUGAACUAUGGGAAGGAGGUCCUAAUGAGAACAGAGCUUCCAGAGGUGUUCCUCCUCCAGAAGACGCCGUCCUCUCCGGUCAGCUGCAUGGCGACAGGUUUCUACCCCGAGGCUGCCGUCCUGUUUUGGAGGAAAGACGGCGAGCAGAUGUUCGAGGACGUGGAGCACGGAGAGAUACUCCCCAACCCCGACGGAACCUUCCAGAUGUCGGUGCACCUGAAAGUGGAGGUGACGGCCGACGUGGAGGGCAAGUACGAAUGUGUAUUUAAGCUGUCUGGCGUCAAGGAGGACUUGGUCACCAAGCUGGAGAGAAGAAGCAUCCUGAGCAACGCAAGCCAUGAAGACAACUUGAGCGUUGCUCUCGCUGCCACGGCGGCGAAUGUUGCUGUGGCGGCCGUCCUGGUGGCCAUCAUCAUCGUCAUGGUCAGGCGUCACAGAAACAGACAAGCCCACUACGAUCCACCUGCCGACACCCCUGAGUCGUUAAUGGCUGAAGGCUGAGUGAGACGCACACGGAUGCUUCGUGCACUGGAAGACAGAGAGAUGUGUCCAUCGCUGAGGGACGUCAACACACUUUGAGAUCAUGAGAUGGAGAUGUGCUUUGUUCUUCAUCCGACUGCUCCUCACGUUAUACCAUGUAUUCUUCUUUGGAUGUUUGUGAAAAAGUAGAUUUAUAUCCAUCCAUCCAUUUUCUACCACUUGUCCCACUUUAUAUACAGACAUACUUUUAUAUUGCAUUAUUGUUUCUUUCGUUAAUAUUACAGUCAGUUCUGCAAAAAGGGAAUCCCUAGCAACGCACAGUUUAUGGAUAGGGACCCCGCAGUUAAAAUAUACAUCAUCAAUAAUAUACAAAAUACAGUACAAUACAAUUCAUUUCAAAAUCUACCCACCCAAUAUCCAUUUACAAUUUCAUACCAACCUACUAUACCAGGUUUGCAUUUACAGAGAGGGAAGCUUUUAAUCCACUGAAUCAGUCUCGAUAUCUAAUUAUUCAGAUUUUUUUACAAGGUUGCAUCUUGAAUAUUUGCGAUAAUCAUACCAUACAUCAGUGGUCAAGACCAGAAAUAUGCGACCAAUGUGAAAUCCUCAGCCAUGAGGGGUGUGUUGAAUAUACUAAGCAUACUAUAGCAAUAGAUUUAGCUUGAAACGCUUUUUAAAAAUGUUUAAAGAAUGUGAUUCUUUUACAGAGCUGUCAAUCUCAUUGCAGAUCACCGGGCUUCUACAGGAUAUACUAAAGCUGGUACACUUUAGGCUUACUUCUGGUGUUAUGUCUAUGAGAAGGAGUGGUUCUGGAAUGAGCUGGCAGAGUCUAGAAUUUAAUCCAUGUACAAGCACUGUGGAAUUUCUUACUUUAACUAAGUUUCGGUAGCUUGUAUCCAUAAAAAAUGAGGAUUUGAGAGAACAUUAAACUAUGCUCAUUGUACAAAAGACUGUCUCUGUAACACUUGUUUAGCAGAUAACACGUACGACUUUCUUGUGAAGACCAUCCAGUUUUUUAAGAUGACUGUGCUACAUGUUACACCAUACGACAUUGCAAUAGUUUAAAUGUGGUUCAAAUAAAGUCCGAUACAGAAUUAGGAAGAAAGUUCCUAAAUUUUGAGAGUAGACCAACAUAUUUAGAUAAUUAAUUAAUUAAAUAUUCAAUGUGUUUUUUAAAAUGUAAAAAUCCAUCUAUGUAUACUCCAAGGAAUUUAGUGCUCUCAACUCUCUCAAUUGCUUUACCAUUUGUUUCAAUCAGUAUCUUACCAAUUUUUGACGAGUUCUAUUUGAAUGAAACACAAUAAAAUGUGUUUUAUUUAUAUUUGAGGAUCAUUUAUUACAUUUGAACCAAUUAUCUACUUUAACUAAUUCACUAUUGACAAUAGUUUGAAGGCUGUCAGGAUUUCUUUGUACAUAAAUAAAUUGGUGUCAUCGGAAAAAAUUCCUUUGUGAAGAAUAAUUGAUGAGUUCACAAAGUCAUUUAUAUAUAAUAUAAAAAAGUGGUCCCAAUAUGGAGUCUUGUGGAACACCACGUUAUCAUUUUACUUGGAGAUUUGUUGUUAUUUAUUUGCACAUAUUGCUCCCUUUCAUAUAAAUAACUUCUGAACCAAACGAGUGCAACCCCUCUGACACCAUAAUGUUGCAAUUUACUCAAUACAAUUUCAAAAUCAAUGGAAUCAAAUGAUUUUGAUAAAUCAAAUAAAACACUGAUUCCACACUCAAUUACAUCAAGGGUUGCCAUACAGGUGGUUUUCUUUUUCAUGUUGGGAUGGGAUGAGUAUAUUUAGUUUCUCCAAGUAGCCGCUUGAAAAUAAGACGUUUGGAUCAAACAUUGGUUGCUAUGAAAUCAUUCGGGUGUUGUUUGGAUCAAACAUUGUUUGCUAUGAAAUCAUUCGGGGUUGACAUCAUGACAGGGAUUUCCUUUUUCUUUGAAUCACUGCUGCUUAUGAUCAAUAUCACAUUGUUAUCUCUGUCAAUAAAUCUGUUUGU